AUGAAAGCAACAUUGUUGGGUGCUUUGUCGACAGGCGUAAUAUCUAGUGAGGCGCCGUUGACUCUGAGCACGAGCCAAGAGGGUAGAGGGGCUUAUAUUGCAAAGAGGACGAGUAUUGAUGUAGAAGCUCUCAAGGAGGCGGCGAGCACAAAACAGCACGUCGUCACGGUAAGACGUAGCGCUGGGCAAUUCUAUACGAUGUCUGCGGACGAGUAA